ACACCGACACAUAUCUGAGUAACUUCUUCCGCUCCUGGUAGCCUGUUUCUAGCACAGCAACUGAACGAUUACUGUUAAAGGAUCCGUUCCUUUACUUUACUCACAUCUUUCUCCGUUUUUUGUACCACAGAAACAGAUUUUUCUAAUCAAAGAUGACAGACCGUUACAACAUUCACAGUCAGCUGGAGCAUCUGCAGUCAAAGUACAUCGGCACGGGCCACGCAGACACUAGCAAAUGGGAAUGGCUAGUUAACCAGCACAGAGACUCGUACUGCUCCUACAUGGGCCAUUUUGACCUUCUCAAUUACUUUGCCGUCGCUGAGAACGAGAGCAAGGCUCGGGUCCGCUUUAACCUGAUGGAGAAGAUGCUGCAGCCAUGUGGUCCACCAGCCGACAAACCUGAAGAUGCUUAGGGCCAUUGUGACUGAAUCCCUGCACAUUGGGGGACUCUUUAAAUCAUCUUGUUUGAGAACCCGUCAAUGUUUUCUCGCUUUUUUUAUAUUUUGUAUAGGUUGUUGAACUCCAAGAAAAUAAAUGUGAUGCCCUCAGAAAAAUGCA